UUCCUAAUCCAAUUCUACUCCUUAGUCAACUCCAAGCUCAAGUCAACGAUCCAAGAUGAAAUGCCUUUGGUGUUCAAGUUCAGUACUCGCACAACAAUUCCUUCCUAAACAAAAUAGCCACUAGCUAGAUUCAAGCAUGUCGGGAGCGGCAGUGUCUCUACCUCUUCACGUCCUCGUCCUUUGCCUUCUCGUGCUCUUCCUCGUUCCCUCUCGCGGCGAUUCCUCCUGCCCAAACUCGGAGUCGGCGCCCUGCGGCAACGCCAGCAUCUCCUACCCCUUCUGGCUGUCUAAUGAUGCGAACCAGACCUCUCCCUACUGCGGCUACCACGGCUUCAUGUUGACCUGCCAAAGUGGCAUCCCAAUCCUCAGCCUCGGUGACCACAACUACAGGGUCUUACAGAUCAACUACACUGGGACAGUCGUUUCCCUCGCCGACGACGAUGUCUUCUCUCCCGCGCAGGAGUCUUGUCCCAGACUCCGCCAAAAUGUCACCUUGCCUUCCAACGUAGCUUUAUCCUACGCUCACACCUACAACAAUCUCACCUUCUUCUUCAACUGCAGUAAUUCCGACAGUAAAUGGUCGAGUAACAUGAUCCCCUGCUUUCAAUUUAAUCGAUCCGGAACAGACAUCAUGCGUAGUUAUGUCUUCCUGGGCAUUCCGAACGAAUUCGAUUCCUCUACAGACUGCAGUGAAGUCGUGAUUUGGCCGGCCAUGGAAUCCCAUGUGGGUAAUCAGCUUGUGGAAGGAUAUGCAGCAGUGUUGUGUGAGGGGUUCGAGCUUCAUUGGACGGGAGACAUCAACGCAAACUGUUCUCACUGCAAGAACUCAGGUGUUCGAAGGAAGAAGCAUGCAUUGAAAAUUGGAGUUGCAAUAGGGACAAUGAUUGGCGUUACACUUGCAUGUUUCAUCUCGAGCUACCUUCUAUGUCUUAGAGAGCCACACGAGAAAAAUGAACAAGAUAUUGAAGACUUCAUUCUUCAGUACGAGUCUACAAUUCCAAAGAGAUACACUUAUUCUGAAAUAAAAAGAAUGACCAAGUCUUUCAGUGACAAGCUUGGGAAUGGAGGUUAUGGUUCUGUAUUCAAGGGUUCACUCGAAGAUGGCCGCUCGGUCGCUGUCAAAAUCCCAAGCGGAUCCGAAGGCAACGGAAAAGAGUUCAUGAAUGAGGUAGCGAGCAUCAGCAGGACUUCCCAUGUCAACAUUGUCGGUCUUCUUGGAUUUUGCUUGGAGGGAUCCAAGAAGGUUCUAGUUUAUGAAUUCAUGCCCAAUGGAUCCUUGGAAAAGUAUAUUUUUGAUGAUAAACCAAAUACAGAAAAUAACAAACUAAGUUGGGCACAGUUAUAUGAUAUUGUGCUUGGUAUCGCGCGAGGUCUCGAUUACUUACAUCGAGGAUGCAACACUCGGAUCGUUCACUUUGAUAUCAAACCUCAUAACAUCUUGCUUGAUCAAGACUUCAGUCCUAAGAUUUCAGAUUUUGGAUUGGCUAAGAUGUGCAUACAAAAAGAUAGUAUUAUCUCAACAAUGACUGUGAGAGGAACUCCAGGGUAUAUUGCCCCAGAAGUCUCCUGCAGGAGUGUCGGGGCGAUAUCGAGCAAGUCUGAUGUUUAUAGCUACGGAAUGUUGGUGUUAGAAAUGGUCAGAGGGAGGAACAACUUCAAUGUGAGUUCCGAUCAUACAAGUGAAAUCCAUUUUCCUCACUGGAUUUAUGAUAAUCUUGAUAACUAUUGUAACUUGACAGUCCCUGAGGUGAAUUCUGAGACUGAAGAGAUGGUGAGAAAGAUGAUAGUGGUUGGCUUAUGGUGCAUACAGAUAAAACCAGAAAAUAGGCCUUCAAUUAGUUUGGUAGUCGACAUGUUGGAAGGCGGCAUUAGUGUCUUGCAAAUGCCACCAAAACCAGAAUUCUCCUGAGUCUCAUUGAAAAGUUGAUCCCACUGUGUAUGUUGAAUGUUCUUUGAGUAUGGAUGUGAGUUCCUACAAUACUAUUCCAAACAAUCUAAGCUAAAGAACUCCUUGCGCUCAACUAGAAAAAUUUAAGGUUUGAAGACGCGCGUAGCUUACAUGUGUUUAUAGUGUUGAUAAGUGUUAGUGUUUUGAUGUACAUAUUCCUUGCACUUCAUUUACUUGAGUGCUUAUUGGACUUGCAAUUGCUAAUUGAUUUCUA